AUGUCAGUCGCCGCCGCCGCGGCGGCGGCGGCGGCGACGGCGCCUGGCGGCGCCGCCGGAGCUCGAAGCAGCACUACCAACCCCAUGCCGACUGGGCGGGGAUCUGCCGGGGUGGGUGGAGGGGCAUCAGCAAAGGUUGGUGCUGGCGGCAGCAGCGCGCCUGCUACCACAUCGCCCAUGUACGACGAUGUGUACGGCGGCGGGGGAAUGGGCGUGGACGUCAAUGCGCUGCUGGACGGCGGUAGCAGUGACGACGACCAACUCAAUCCGGCGGCGUUGCUGGAUUCGCCUCGAAGCUCGAGGCGGCUAUCCUCCCGGGCCCCUUCGGUCAAACCCAGUCACGCCAAGUUAAAGCCCCCUAGGUUCUUAAACCGUUGCUCUGUGCGU